CGCAAGAACCACAACAGCUCGUCAGCUGCGCAGCUCAGCCUCCCCUGGCUCGGAAUCCGGGCUCCGCUCACCAUGCCCCCGCUACUCGCCCCCUGAGCCGCUCCCGGCAGGAACAAGGCGCUCUGGAUGUCCACACCGGAACCGUGAAGCAGCAUCUGGCAAGCUGUGCCGGGGGGGCGGGGGCCCUGAUCCUGGCUGGAGGAGCCCCCGAUUUCCAUCUUCUUUCUCUGUGUUACAACUGAACAUCAACCAUGGAUACAUGUACAAGAAGUCAGGGGUGCCAAAUGAAGCCUAAAUUCACAGUGAAGAAAGAAAACAUCAGUGACGCUUUGCUGACCUCUGUGAAGUUAUUACUGCAAAGCAGGAAGGAUCUGUGUAGUAUCACUGAGAGCUUGAAAGGUAGCAAGAAAGGAAGAUUUAUUGAGGUUACGUUUGUAGGCCUCUCCAGGGAAUCAGGACUUGCGCAUCUUCAGGGUUUAGCAUCUUUUCACAUGGAUAUACCUGAACUGAUUCAGUCACUACACCUCUGUAAUCUAAGUGAAAAUGAAGUUAUUUUGCUGAAAGAGAGCAAGGCACCCUCUAAAUCAUGUGGGCCACAGAAUUUUCUUCCAGGAGCAGUAUGUAUGAUGACCUCUGCAGCCUCCUCAAACAUAAAAAGCGAUUCUUUAUUUGUUCUGUUGAGCAAAUAUACAGCAGGCAUACAAUACACAGUGAAGCAGGACUGCUUGAACAGACUCCAUAGAAAGGCAUCAAACAAUGAAGAUGAUGAUACAAACCAGUCAGUAUCUUCAAUAGAGGAUGAUUUUGUUACUGCUUUCGAGCAUUUAGAUGAAGAAGAAUCUUUACCUGCAAAUGAAGAGCAAGGAUGUGAAAUAACAAGAAAUCAGCGAGAUGCUUCUUCUCAGACACAGCCAGUUCAUUGUCUUGAUAUCACCGGUUCAAAAAUUAUAUUUAGUUCUGUGCGUCGCAGGUCAUCUAUAAAGUCCGCAGUGUUAAUGGGUUUCAUGGGACUUCCAGAGUUGUCAUCCUCUAUUAAGAAUACAGUCACAACAUCAAUAUGCGAUUCCUGGAAACAGAGAAAAAUAUCUGGUCAAGGCAAAAAAUUGUUUUCUCCUUCUCCUGCCGACUCAUCAGAAUCUGACUGCUCCAGUCCAAGUCCAAUUAUCUUCUUAGACGAGGAGGGCUACCAGAAAAGCAUGAGAGCAAAGCUUAAUCUGCCAAAGAUUCCUGUUGGUAAAGAUGGUAUUGAAGAUUCUGAUUCAGAACUAAGUGAAUUUUUUGAUAGCUUUGAUCGAUUUGAUGACACUGAACCAUUUCUAGAAAAAGACUACAAAUCUAAUCAGAAACCCAUACUGGCUAGCCCUCCAAAAAAGAAAAAAUGUACACAUGGACACCAAGGUAGGGGUUCUAUGAACCCUCAGAGAUUUAAAUUUGAUCGCCCUAUGCUUUCUGCCAAUGUAAAGAAACCAACUCCUCUUAAACCUGAGUCUCCAUACGGUGGCAUUUGUGAUGUGCCAGAGUCCCCUCGUCCUGUGAAGACAUCUGUAGAGGAUUCUACCACAUUGUUCAGUCCUAUUAGAUCAUCUGCUUUUAGCCCCCUUAGUAUUUCCACAUCUGCGGAGUGUUUGUAUCAUUUGGAUAGCGCUGGGGAUGCUGGUUCAUGUACAGACAAAUCAUGCACUGCUGCAUAUAGUGACUAUGCAAAUCGUGUAUGUAUUGAAAUGUUUGACUCUGUACUAAAUGCUAAGCCAGCCCUAAAUGUUGGCGUAUCAAAAAAAGGACAAGACAAAGUUAUAAAACUGAAACGUAAAUCCCACACAAGAGAGUACGAACGAAAACUAAAGUCAAAGCAAAAACCAGCGAAGGGAGGUAUACAAAAAUUUGCUACAGAUCUAGUUGAAAAAAGUUUGGGUAGUGCUUUCAAAGAUCUCCAAAAAGGUGUUUCAUCAUGUACAAGUGCGCUUUGCCAUUUGGCUGCUAGACUAACAUCAUAUGUUUUUCAAAUGGCUUUCUAUGAAAUUGGAAGAAGACAAGCCUUUUCAAUAAAGCAACGUGCUAUCAAUGGACUGGCAAAUCUAAUGGUGAGUGAAGUAAUUUCCAGCGCUUUACAAGAACUUCGUUACAUAAAGAAGCAGAUGGUAACCAACGCAGUCACGCGAUUUGCUGCAGACCUGGCUGAGGAACUUGUUUUUGAAGGGAUCAUGGAAGUCUGUCAGUUUUCACACCCACCCACCCCAACUGUUGCCCCUUUGCAGGCUUUUGACUAUGAAGAUGUAGUUGUGCGUUCCUACGCAAAAGAUUUAUCAGAAUCUGUAAUUCAGGAAGCAUUCAUUGAAUUAUCCCAAGUGAAUGUAACCUUUACCACUCAAGCAGCAAUCAGUGUUUCCAUGGACAGCCUGAAAUAUGUAAGUUCUGAAGGCCUGAUGCAGUCAACACAGACCUCCGUAGCAUUCCCCAGUCUACAUGACAGAAAUCAAGGUCCACUGACUGCUGAACAGGAGAACAAAAAAGAUUACACCCUGCAGUAUGCCUUGUUUUUUACAUCUGGUCUUAUCAGUUCCGUUCCAGUACCUGUUGCUGCCCAAAUCCUAAGCCAGCAACCGACAACAAAUGGUUUCACAAAUGAAAAUACGGACCUUUCAGGGAGUGAUGACAUAUGUGUUGAUAAUGUAGAAAACUAUGUUAGUUCCACAAAAGGAAUGAGUGAAUUUGCAUCUGCUAAAAGUUUACCAACCACCUAUAAAUAUAACAUUUAUAGUGACCAACAUGAGUCACAAGAUCUGAAAUUCACACAAAGAAUGGAAGGAUCUGAAGGCUUAAAGGCAUUUUCUGUAACUAUGGUAGAUAGGAUAGUAAGUGAAGUUUACAAUGGUGUAUCUUCUGACAAGGGAAAAAAAUCGGAAGAUUAUGCUGAGUUGUUAUCAAAAAAAGUUCUUGGAAUUCCUGGUCAGAAUCACUUAUUAGAUGAAGAAGCUUUGAAUAAUUAUUUUGCAGAUGAUUUGGCCACGUGUAUAUUGGAACACUCAGUAGGUGAAGCAGUGGACACAGGUUCAAAAAAAUGGGAUUUGCCAUUCACUUUUACAGAUCAUGACUCCUGUCUCCCUCAGGACACGAAGAUACUUAAACAUUCCCCAGUAUCUACUGAGCAAGAUUGCCUGAUUUCAAUGUGUACCAAAUCCUUGCAAUAUACCCCACGUUACUGCAAGUUAGCUGUGGGGAUUGGAGAUAAACAUCCCACAAGCAUGACUACUUUGAGUGCAAAUGUUUCCUUGAACCAAAUGAAUCCUGAAGGGAUUGGUUCAAAAAGAAACCAUCAAAAUACUGAUAUGCCAAUUUCAUCAGUGUUUGGUCUGCAGAAUUGCCUUUCGCACAUCAAUAGCUUCUCCUCUGUAAUGUGUACUUGUGGUGAUAACUCAUUUGCUGAGGAUAAAAUAAGUCAAAGAGACCCAAGUGUAAAUGUAGUUCCUGGUACACCACCACCAACUCCUCUAACAUCUUACGAUGUAAGCCCAGAGAGGAAUAUGAAAAAACUUAAUAAGAAACUUAAAGGACAUCUAGCAAAAGAGUUUUAUCCAGCUACACCACCCUCUACACCUCACCUCUCUGGUUUCGAACAUGAUUGUACAAAGAAGGAUGACUUCAUGCUCAAAUUGAUGAGGUCACUGUCAGAAGAAGUCGAAAGUUCCAGUGCUGAUGAAAGUUCUGAAGAUAUAACCCAAGAGUUUGAGAUUUCUGAAGAAACCUUCCAAUAUGCAGACUACCUCUCUACCAAUAUCAUAUCUGUCGCCACUGAAAUGGCUGCUUAUUCUUUAGACGAUGAGUAUGUCCAUAGACCCGCUAUUAGGAACAGGUCACUCUUAAGUGUCUUGAGCGAUAAAUGGGGGUACCCUGCAUAUAUGAGAAAUAUCUCAGAGGAAUCAUUAGAUAGCCUAUAUAAAUAUGCAGGUGGGAUUGUUGGUGAGGUCUUUACUGAUGCUAAGAAAGCAAUGGGUAAGGGUCUGAAAACCCAGAAGAAAAUAUUAAAUCGUGAUGCGAAUUGGUGUAACUCUAGAAAGCAGAAUAGAGAUUGUAGGCCAAAAGAUAGAGGUUAUUCCGUUAUAUUUAAAGCCUCAGAUCCUACCACACUCUCUCUGCCUCAACAUCAUGAUGUUCCUGGUCUAACAUCAAAAUACCCAAGCUGUGAAAGUGUAACAGAAGAGUAUGCUGACCAUAUAAUACGCGUGCUAAAAAUGGAAGGGGGGAAUAGUGAAUUAAUACUAGAUCAAUAUGCCAGCAGAUUAGUUUAUGGGGCGAUAAAGUCUGGACUACAGCAAGCAUCAAAGUCUGUAAAACUCAAAUCUAAUCGGAAAACUGUUCCUAGAAUGAAACCCAGUGUGAAUACAACUCAGGAAAUCCUAACUCUUCUAAACAGGACCCACAAUGCGGAAAGAGACAAACUCAGAAGAAGUAGCAUUCAUCACUAUCAUAGUGAAGAGCCGUCUGUACAUGGAAGAGCUGCAAGAAGAUCAGAAUUUACAGGCCUACUUCAUUUUGCAGAAUCACUUGCUCACACCAUAACUUGUGAUGUCCAGAAAAAGUUAAACAUGUCAGUUGCUUCUCUUCCCAAAUCUCUGACUGAUUCCUGUCUCUACACAAAGUCAAAAAUCAACGAUAUGUCUAGCGAUCUUGUUAAAACAUCCUUUCCAAAAACUCUUAUUCCUUUUGCACAUAGACACAAACUAUAUCACAGCACAGGUAGCCUAAACGAAAAUGGUUUUAGCGACGGAAUUAUUCAAGCUAUUGAACAAUAUGCCUGCAAAGUUGUUGAUAGCACUUUAGAAUUUAGCAUAGAAGCGGCAAGACUACAAGCGAUUGAAAAGAAGAAAAAACAAGAUAAAGGUCCAUGCGUUGGAAAACUUGUACAUUCAUAUGGUACUGCCUGUAGGCUCUGCAGUGUAACGGAACAACCAGGUUUACCAGCAUCUUCAUGUCACUUCUUGUUAGGGCAUGAUGUCUCCCGAAAAAUCAAACAAUGUUCAAAGUCUAGACACAACCCUUGUCAAAAGCCAAGGCUUUUCCACCUUAAUAUACCGAAAAUUCAUAUUGACCUGGAUAAGAGAGCUGAAUUUGCAGAAAAAAUUGUUAGUGCUGCAAUUGAGAAAGCAGAACGUGAACUAAGUAACACAAGUCUGGCGGCUGAUAGUGGCAUUGGGCAAGACGGGACAAGCUUUGCAGACAGCCUUACCACUGAAAUCAUGAUGUCCGCUAUGAAGAAUAUUGGCCAUGUAGUUAACAUAAGUUCUAAUGGCAAAGAUGGCUUUCAGUCGGCCGAUUCCAUCACCAGUCAGCAGACCAGCGUCAGCAUUGGUGAUGACAGCACUGGUAGUUGGUCCAAUUUGAGCUUUGAAGAUGAACACCAAGAUGAAAGCAGCAGCUUUCUGCACCUUAGUGACAGUAAUGGUAACAGCAGUAGCUGGAGCAGUUUGGGAGUAGAAGGUGACAUGUUUGAAGAAAAUAUAUCCUUCCCACCAUCAGACAGGGAGAGGAAUGGAACGUAUCAGAACAUUCUGUGCCUACAGGCACCUGACAGUGAUGGACCAGAAGAAAGAGAUGAAGAACCCAAAGUUACUGGAGAAGUCAGUGGACAGCAUUGCAAGCUCUUACUGAUCAGGAAUAUAGAUGUUGGACUGUGCACAGUGGAGUCACAGCUAAGAACAGUGUUACAGUGGAUCGUUGCUUCGGAGUUUGACAUUUCAGAGGUGUACUUUCCUGAGACCUCAAAAAAAGAGCUAUUGUCUCUGUCCAGAAGACUUAGAGAAAAGGGGUGGAAGGUUGGUGAUCUCUUACAAGCUGUCCUUCAGUACUGUGAAUUCACGGAGAAUCCCUCAAAUCUUCAAAAACCUUUCUUUGGAUGGCUGUUAGAAUAUUUAUAAUAAAAAGGCACUUUAUAGGUAUAGAUUUCUGGAAAAAAAAAAAAAAGGGCGCAGCUGUGAAGUUAAAUUUAUCUAUGCUAAUGGUUCUUUUAACUGGCAAUGUUUUUAAAGUGAACAAUUCAUAUACUGUAGCUUUGCAUUGUGAAAUAUUUGUGUGUGCAAAUAUACAUAUUCACAUGAAUGCAUAUCUUUGUGGUAAGCACCAAGGCAUUGUGAGUAACUUUGUGUCAUUGGUAAUCGGUGAAAAGAUCUAUUAGCACUUGUUGUGUUAGCCUGGUGACUGUUUUUGAUGACACUUAUCAGUAUAUAAAAUUGAUGGUUUUGAUUUUAUUAAUUAUUAUUUUACACUUUUUAGAUCACAAAAUGUCACAUAAUAUUUGUUUGCUUCAGUCCGCAAAAAUGUUGCUGUCUUGUAAGGUACAUAUAUCAGAUCCUGCCAUUCUGAAUUUAAUUUGCUUACUUUUGAUAGUGAAUACAUUUAUUCAGUAACUGAAAAUUCUGGGUAUUUAAAUGGAAAUCUGAUCUCAUCUAUUGUGCAGUGUUGUUUUAUCAUUGCAGAGGAAAAAGAUUAACAUAGAACGAUUAUUAUAGAAAGUUUAUUUUGAGAAAUAUAAAGGACCAUUUGGUAUUUGCCCCGCUUACUGAAAAGCCUUACAAACAAUACAGUCCGUACAUUAUGGAAGGUGCAGCCCGUGGUUUGUUUCCACACUUUUUGUGUCUACUUUUUGCACAAAUGUACAUAUUAAUAAAGCAAUUAUUGUAAUGCUCAUAAUGACUCAAGUCUCUGUCCAGAAGAUGUUUGGGUUGAUUUGUUUGUGUGUACAAUUCCAGGGCUUUUCUUUCUUAUUU